UAUCGAAACGAUCGUGUAAUAUAUAUCGAACAUGGCGACAGUCGAAUUGCAUACUCGUACGAAAAACAUUGUAUCAUCGAACGCAACGAGAUUCGUUGCAAACCUCACAAUCUUAUCUCGAUCAACAUGCAGCUAAUAACUUGAAUUAAUUUUACGCUUCGAUCCGAUCUUAUAUAUACAUAUAUGUGUAUAUAUAUGUAUAUAUAUGUGUAUUUUUGGCUAUAUAUUUGAUUAGAAAAUUUUCUCGUUGAAACACAAAAGAAUGUUAUUCAGAAGGGAAAAGAAAGGAGGUAAGCGUUGGAAAAAUGUAUCGCUAUAACCUGCAUAUCUUAUUGCAACGAUCCUUGAAUUGAAUCUCGAUUCGUUUCAAGUUGUCAAGCCCACUUUCGUAUCAACGUCGUCAACAGGAUUGCCUAAAUGGCGGCAAUCACCGAUCGAUUUGUGCAGAACGUUCACGUGGACCAAGAAACUUCCACCUCUCUACAUGACGAAUUACUGGUCGGACAGAGGGACGGUUAAAAUGACGAACACGGGUAGAACAGUCGUCAUAGAAAUUUCCGACAGAUCCCUACCUUUUCUGCGGGGCGGCCCAUUAUCCAAGGACGAGUUUCAAUUCAUGAACGUGCAAUUCCGUUGGGGCGCUGAGAACUCGUGCGGCGCGGAACACUCCAUAAACGGUGUCUGGUACUCGAUGGAGGCACAGGUGAUGCACUGGAACACCCGUUACGGAUCGAUAGACAAGUGCUACGACAAACCGGAUGGAAUCGCCGUGCUCUCGUAUUUCAUGCAAAUUGCUUGCUUUGGAUGUUGGAGGGGUGCAAAGGCCAUGGUUACUAUACUUAUUUGGGUUCUCUUACCACUCCACCUUACCAAGAAUGCGUUAUUUGGAUCAUAUCGCCGAUUGUGAACAAAAUAUCCGUUCGCCAGGUUUACCAGUGACAGGCCAAUCUCCAAUUAAUCUAGACGACAGAUUGGUACGAGAACGAAAAUAUCCUCCACUUGUUUUGAACGGCCACUGGUUGAACGAAGGUGAAGCGAAGAUGAUAAAUAAUGGUCAAACUGCGAAAAUAACUUUAAGCGGAAACAGGAUUCCAUCCACGAUUUGCGGUGGGCCGCUGGUAGACGAUGUGUACGAGUUUGAAAGCGCACAUUUCCAUUGGGGCGAGGACAAUUGCAACGGUGCCGAGCAUACGAUAAACAAUACUUGGUAUUCGAUGGAAGGGCACGUGAUACAUUGGAACAGAAAGUAUCAUACAAUGGAAGAAUGUUUCAAGCACAAAGACGGUUUCUGCAUUUUGGCAUAUCUAUUUUUGGUGCAACCAGGUUGUUGUACUUGCAUUAAUCCGCAAUUGGAAAGGAUAACGGAGAAUUUGAAGGAUAUUCUGGACACGGAAAUGGAAACGAAGAUACCACCUAACAGUUUAUCUUGGAUGCGUUGGGCGACCUAUUGCACUAGAUACUACACCUAUUCCGGAUCGUUCAAUGUUGCCGAUUAUCCAGAAUGCGUCACUUGGAUCGUGUUCCCGGUGGUUAUACCCGUACGAGCCAGUGAAAUACAAGAAUUUCGAAGACUGAGAGACAAAGAUGGGAAAUGUAUAAAGUCAAAUUGUCGAGAGAUACAGUUACUAAAGUGUAGACAAAUAUAUUUAGCUGUGCCGAGUUAAUAUAUGAACAAGCAACAUCAU